CAUCGCAAGUCUGCAUUGCGCGCCUGCAAAACACCGAGUGAAGUAGCGCUCCCGAGAUCAUAAGGUCAGCCCGUCCUUUCCGGUUUUUUCUUUAGCUUCCGGUAGACCCUGGUAGGCUCACGGAGCAUCGCCAGUCCGUCGGCAGUGCGCGCCGGACGUUUUUGUUUGCGGCUCGAGGGCGCUGGGUGGGCUGGGCUGCUGCCCGAAGCGGGUGCCGGCAGCCCUUCCGCAGUCAUGUCGGACACCGACAGCGAUGAAGAUUCUGCUGGCGGAGGCCCAUUUUCUUUAACUGGGUUCCUGUUCGGCAACAUCAAUGGAGCCGGGCAGCUGGAAGGCGAAAACGUCUUGGACGACGAGUGCAAGAAACAUCUUGCAGGCUUGGGGGCUUUGGGUCUUGGCAGCCUGAUCACUGAACUCACAGCAAAUGAAGAGUUGGUGGAGACUGAUGGUGCCCUGAUAAACGAUGAAGGAUGGGUUAGGAGUAGUGAAGAUGCUGUGGACUAUUCCGACAUCAACGAGGUGGCAGAAGAUGAAAGUAGACGAUACCAGCAGAUAAUGGGGAGCUUGCAACCCCUUUGCCACACAGGUGAUUCUCUCUCUCUUUCUUGUUUUCUAGCAAUGGGAUCUUUCAGCAUAGCCCUGCCUGUCCUGGUACUCAGUAUGCAUGCCAGAUGGUUUCAAAGUCAUAGAGAUCCACCUGCCUCUGUUUGUCAAGUGCAUUUUCUUCCUGAACAAGUCUGUUUUGGGCUCCUUAGAAGGGGGUGUCGACUGAAUUUGAGGAAAUGUGUUCACAGUUACAUGCCAAAGGGGUUUCUUUUCCUUGUUGCAGUGUCUGAAGAUGGAGAAGGCAUCAUCUUGCCCUCCAUCAUUGCCCCUUCCUCUUUGGCCUCAGAGAAAGUGGACUUCAGUAGUUCCUCUGACUCAGAAUCUGAGAUGGGACCUCAGGAAGCAACACAGUCAGAAUCUAAGGAUGGAAAGCUGACUCUACCAUUGGCCGGGAUUAUGCAGCAUGAUGCCACCAAGCUGUUGCCAAGUGUCACAGAACUUUUUCCAGAAUUUAGACCUGGAAAGGUGUUACGCUUUUUACGACUUUUUGGGCCAGGGAAGAAUGUCCCAUCUGUUUGGAGGAGUGCUCGGAGAAAGAGGAAAAAGAAGCACCGUGAACUUACACAGGAAGAGCAGCUCCAGGAAGAGGAGUACUCAGUAGAAUUAGAAGUCAGCCAGAAAUCUCUGUGGAACUAUGACUAUGCUCCACCUCCACUUCCAGAGCAGUGUCUCUCUGAUGAUGAAAUCACAAUGAUGGCUCCUGUGGAGUCCAAGUUUUCUCAGUCAACUGGAGACACAGAUAAAGUAAUGGAUACCAAGCCAAGAGUGGCAGAAUGGCGUUAUGGACCUGCUCGGCUGUGGUAUGAUAUGCUAGGUGUUCCUGAAGAUAGCAGUGGGUUUGAUUAUGGCUUCAAAAUGAAGAACACUGAACAUGAACUUAAAAUAAAAUGCAACAUAAUGAAGAAAUUAAGGACACUUGAGGAAAGCGAUAGCAUUGAUCUUCUGGCAGAUGAAAACUUCCUAAUGGUGACACAACUGCAUUGGGAAGAUGAUAUCAUCUGGGAUGGGGAUGAUGUCAAACACAAAGGGACAAAACCUCAGCGUGCAAGUUUGGCAGGCUGGCUUCCUUCUAGUAUGACUAGGAAUGCCAUGGCCUACAAUGUUCAGCAAGGUUUUACAGCUACAUUGGAUGAUGAUAAACCUUGGUACUCCAUUUUCCCCAUUGAUAAUGAAGAUCUGGUAUAUGGACGUUGGGAGGACAAUAUCAUUUGGGAUGCUCAGAACAUGCCUAGAAUUUUGGAGCCUCCUGUUUUGACACUUGAUCCUAAUGAUGAGAAUUUGAUUUUGGAGAUCCCUGAUGAGAAGGAAGAAGCUACCUCUAAUUCUCCUUCUAAGGAGAGUAAGAAAGAAUCAUCUCUGAAGAAGAGUCGAAUUCUCUUAGGAAAAACAGGAGUCAUCAAGGAAGAGCCACAGCAGAACAUGUCUCAGCCAGAAGUGAAAGAUCCAUGGAAUCUCUCGAAUGAUGAGUAUUACUAUCCCAAGCAACAGGGGCUUCGAGGUACUUUCGGAGGGAAUAUUAUCCAGCACUCAAUUCCAGCUGUAGAAUUACGGCAGCCCUUCUUUCCUACCCACAUGGGACCCAUCAAACUCCGGCAGUUCCAUCGCCCACCUCUAAAAAAGUAUUCCUUUGGGGCACUGUCUCAGCCAGGUCCACACUCAGUUCAGCCUUUGCUGAAGCACAUCAAAAAGAAGGCAAAGAUGAGAGAACAAGAGAGGCAAGCCUCUGGUGGAGGAGAGAUGUUUUUUAUGCGUACACCUCAGGACCUCACAGGCAAAGAUGGAGACCUUAUUCUUGCUGAAUACAGUGAAGAAAAUGGACCAUUAAUGAUGCAAGUUGGCAUGGCAACCAAGAUAAAAAAUUACUAUAAACGGAAACCUGGAAAAGAUCCUGGAGCCCCAGAUUGCAAAUAUGGAGAAACUGUUUAUUGCCAUACAUCACCUUUCCUGGGUUCUCUUCAUCCUGGCCAGUUGCUGCAGGCAUUUGAGAACAACCUUUUUCGUGCUCCAAUUUAUCUUCAUAAGAUGCCAGAGUCUGACUUCCUGAUCAUUCGAACAAGGCAGGGUUACUAUAUUCGAGAAUUAGUAGAUAUUUUUGUUGUGGGGCAGCAGUGUCCCUUGUUUGAAGUUCCUGGUCCUAACUCCAAAAGGGCCAAUACACACAUCCGAGACUUUCUUCAGGUUUUUAUUUACCGGCUCUUUUGGAAGAGUAAAGAUAGGCCACGGAGGAUACGGAUGGAAGAUAUAAAGAAAGCCUUUCCUUCACAUUCGGAAAGCAGCAUCCGGAAGAGGCUAAAGCUCUGUGCCGACUUCAAACGGACAGGCAUGGAUUCAAACUGGUGGGUGCUGAAGUCUGAUUUUCGUUUACCAACGGAAGAGGAGAUCAGAGCUAUGGUUUCUCCAGAACAGUGCUGUGCUUAUUAUAGCAUGAUAGCUGCAGAACAGAGACUAAAGGUGAGCCUCCUCUUGUUAGACACUGCUUAUGCCUAUAUUUCUUUUCAGAAAGAUAGGAGAGAAUACUGUAGAGAUCAUCAAUCCUUUCCUUUAUCUCAGGUUCGUACUGCUCCUUGGAAUACUACAAGGGCUUUCAUUGCUGCCAUGAAGGGCAAAUGUCUCCUGGAGGUGACUGGAGUAGCAGAUCCUACAGGCUGUGGUGAAGGGUUUUCCUAUGUGAAGAUUCCAAACAAACCGACACAGCAGAAGGAUGAUAAGGAGCCUCAGCCAGUGAAAAAGACAGUCACAGGAACAGAUGCAGACCUUCGUCGCCUGUCUCUGAAAAAUGCCAAGCAACUUCUUCGUAAAUUUGGUGUGCCUGAGGAAGAGAUUAAAAAGUUGUCCCGCUGGGAAGUUAUUGAUGUGGUACGCACAAUGUCAACAGAACAGGCUCGCUCUGGAGAGGGGCCCAUGAGUAAAUUUGCCCGUGGAUCAAGGUUUUCAGUGGCUGAGCAUCAAGAACGUUACAAAGAGGAAUGUCAGCGCAUCUUUGACCUACAGAACAAGGUUUUGUCAUCAACAGAAGUCUUAUCAACUGACACAGACAGCAGUUCAGCUGAAGACAGUGACUUUGAAGAAAUGGGAAAGAAUAUUGAGAAUAUGCUGCAGAACAAGAAAACAAGCUCUCAGCUGUCUCGGGAGCGGGAGGAACAGGAACGGAAGGAGCUCCAGCGGAUGCUACUGGGUGAGGGGACUUCUCAGAUAAGAAAAGGAUCAAAAACGGAACUUAGAAGUCUUAGAUCCUUAAAUGAGCUAAAAGCCACCCAGCAAAAGUUGCAGAAGCUAAUGGUGAGGGUGAUGGAUAACGAGGUCUCCACGAUGCUUCUCAUUACAGAUAUCAUCCAGCAGACAUACCCUUUCCAUACUCCAGUUAAUGCAAAGGUUGUAAAGGAUUACUACAAAAUCAUCACUCGGCCAAUGGAUCUACAGACACUCCGUGAAAAUGUGCGCAAACGCCUUUAUCCGUCUCGGGAAGAAUUCAGAGAACAUUUGGAACUAAUUGUGAAAAAUAGUGCAACUUAUAAUGGUAAUAGACAUUCUUAUAGCUAUAUUUUGUGAAAACUGCUUUCAUUUUGUUUUGCUUUAUUUCAGAAAGAGGAUAAGUUGGCACGUUUAGAGAAAGCUAUCAACCCCUUGCUUGAUGAUGAUGAUCAAGUAGCAUUUUCUUUUAUUCUGGAUAACAUUGUCACUCAGAAAAUGAUGGCAGUUCCAGAUUCUUGGCCAUUUCAUCACCCAGUAAAUAAGAAGUUUGUUCCAGAUUAUUACAAAGUGAUUGUCAGUCCAAUGGAUUUGGAGACUAUACGUAAGAAUAUCUCCAAGCACAAAUACCAGAGUCGAGAAAGCUUUCUAGACGACGUAAACCUGAUCCUGGCCAACAGUGUUAAGUACAAUGAGGACCUGGGUUCACUUCCCAGCAUGUACAUGGCAGCCCAAACCAUUUUUGUGUGUUUUACGCUGCAGCCUCCUGAUUUGUAUGAUAACAGCACAUCCCUCAGUGUUUCUCGAGAUGCUUCUGUGUUUCAAGAUGAGAGCAAUCUGUCUGUCUUGGAUAUUCCCAGUGCUGCUUCAGAAAAGCAGCUAACACAGGAUGAUGGAGACAGAGAUGCUGAUCUUGCAGAUGAAGAGGAAGGAACUGUACAACAGCCCCAAGCCAGUGUCCUGUAUGAGGAUUUACUUAUGUCUGAAGGCGAAGAUGAUGAGGAAGAUGCUGGGAGUGAUGAAGAAGGAGAUAACCCUUUCUCUGCUAUUCAGCUAAGUGAAAGUGGAAGUGACUCUGAUAUGGAAUCUGGCAGUUUAAGACCCAAACAGCCCCACCUGCUUCAAGAGAAUACAAGGAUGGGCAUGGAAAAUGAAGAAAGCCUGAUGUCCUAUGAUGAAGAUGGUGGAGAGGCUUCCCAUGGUUUCGAGGAUAGCAACAUCAGGUAAUG